AUGGGGCUCAAGGAACUAUUAGUGCUAAGUGUUGGACUGUGGUGUGCAUUUGGUUAUGAGUUCCCGGGAAUAUUUGAUCCAAACCCGUUUAUCCCAAGACUGGCACCGGAAGUGGUACGAGUGACUUCAACGGUCUAUCAUGGACCCGUAGGAUCAAAAUCGAACAGUGCUGAGGGUGGAAGUGAAGGGGAUAUGGGGUAUGUGAGGUCACAUCGGGAGAAAGGAACGGGAGGAUUUAUACAGCGAGAGUCAUUUCAUCGAAAAGAUGGUAAUGAUUAUGGCCGCGAAAGGCAGGAAGGAUUUGGUGAAUCCAAAGACGAAGGAAAUUACUCCAAGGAAAAUGCUUCACCUUUGAAGGCGAAGAAACGAAACUACGAAGUCACAGAGGAACACAGUGACGAUCAUGCCAACCCCAACCUACACACAAAAUACGGAGUAACGCCAACAAAACCCAUGAGAAAACCUACCGCUCCUGCUCCUGCCAAACCCUCGACAACAACAUCGGCCGCUCCAAAGAGAACAACGCACAGAAACAACCACAACGGAUACGAAACUGUCAUCUACCACUCCCAGGAAAAUGACGACACCGGAAGGGGAUGGCAGGUUGGUCCGAAGUUUGGAGCUGGAGGCAAGGAUCACCGAUGGAGCAAGGAGGUCACUGAAAGAGAACACGAUGAAGAUGACGAAGGAAACAGCGGAAGAGAGGAGGAAGAGGAAGAUGACGGUGAAGAUCACAAUGAGGUUCGUUCCGAUUUUGGAGAUAAUUACGAUCGUUACAGGUACGGUAAUGAUUUUGAGAAGAACUUCCGGGGACACGGUGGAGAGGAUCGUGACUCGAAGAGGCGUCAAGGUUAUGGAGGGACCAAUAAACGAAAAAGCUUCAAGAACUUUGGCAGGAACAAUCAAGAUUAUGACGAUGAAGUAGAUAAAGAUGAAAUUGAUGAGUCAGCUAAUGAAGAUCGAUACCAUGGAGGGGCCGAUGAUGAUGAUGACGAUUAUGAAGGCGAUAUCAAAAGGCAGUAUCAAUACACCAGUGAGGCCGAUUAUGAUGCUCAACGGUAG